AUGAUUACCAGCACUCUCUUCUUCUGGACGGAACGGGAUACACCGGAACCCCUGAUCACCUCUGCGGAGGAAGCCCACGAAAAAGCUUCGCUGUGGCUCCAUAGAACCCUUGAUCUACUGGAUGUGUCUCAUCGGAUCGGAUCUGGAACCAUCGAAGAGGUUCAAGCAACCAUCAUUGUCGGUUUUGUCAUUUGCAACAUGGUUGGCAUCUCAUCUCAGGCACAUUUUCGGUUUUCUUCUGCUACAUCCCUCGCAAUACAACUCUCUCUUCACCGCAUUGAUCACCCACAAAAUGGAAACUUGGAUGUACCUCGCCCAGAUUCCAUCAGAGCGGAGGUGGCGCGACGGGUCUGGUGGAACUUGGUCGGGACCGACUGGUAUGCAUCACAAUAUUGA